UCCCUGUUCGGGUCUACAGUGUGCUGAAGGCCAGAGUCCAGCCUCUGGACAAACAAUCAAACAUUUCUUCUCUCUGAGGUCAGCCAGCUGCAUGCCGGGGGGACAUAGAUCAAUUGUUUUUCAACAGUCAGGGCUUAGUCUCCACCAGCUACAGUUGUUAUUUUCCUCUGCAUGACCAGAUGGGUGCUUGGAAUUAACAUCUACAGUAUGCUGACAUGGGUUGUAACAGCACAAAAGGAGUGGAAGGAAAAGCUUUACAAAAGCCCCUUCAUCUCACUUAAUCGGAUAUUGUAACUAUUUUCUCAGAAGCAGGCAUUGUGUAACUGGUUGUGACUGACUAUUAACGGGAUUUCAGGCUUCUGAGGACCACUACUCAAGCUAAAUGAAAACAAAGGAUGCAAAAGAAAUAGGACACCGGAACACCUAACCAGCAAAUACUGUUCACUCUUCUGAUUGAGUGUUUUUCAAAUAUAACCGAAGAAGAAAUGACUCUGAAAUGGAUAAAGAUUUUUGCAUAUUUGUCAAUGUGUGUCACCUUUGCUGUAGAGGGUGAAGAAACAUCUCGCAACAAGUGUGCCGACUUCAACAACACCACUUGGCAGGAAUUCCGUCCAGGCACCAAGCUCAUGGUUCAAUACCUUCUGCUUACAAGACAGAAUGCAAACUGUGCCAGUCUCUUCUCACAGGACUGCCUCAAUCAUACACAGAAACAUACCGCAUACUUCAACUCAUCACUCCCCACUAAAGUCAUUGUUCAUGGAUACAGGGCUCUGGGCAGUAAGCCCUCUUGGGUAAGUGGUUUAGCCAAGGCACUGCUGCGGGAGGAGGAUGUGAACGUUCUGGUGGUGGACUGGGUUUACAGAGCAUCAUUCGCUUAUAACCUGGUGGUAGAGAACUACAAGGAGGUGGCAGUGCAGAUAUCAGUUCUUAUUCAUCAGCUUACAAAGUAUGGAAGUACGCUGAAGUCUUUUCAUUUCAUUGGUGUGAGUCUUGGAGCACAUGUGUCUGGAUUUGUGGGGACCCUGUUUGAAGGCAAGCUGGGUCGAAUCACAGGUCUGGACCCAGCGGGCCCAAUGUUCAAGAGGGCUGAUCCGUAUGACCGUCUGGAUUCAUCCGAUGCUUUGUUUGUUGAGGCCAUCCACACAGACUCUGACUACUUUGGUAUAUCCAUUCCUGUCGGGCAUGUGGACUUCUUCUUAAAUGGUGGCAUGGACCAAGCAGGGUGUGCACGUUCAAGAUUUGCUUCGAUUUUCAUCUACUUUCCAGUGUAUGGUUAUGUCAUAUGUGACCACAUGAGGGCGCUGCACGUCUACAUGAGUUCACUGAAUAGCUCCUGUCCACUCAUUGGCUUCCCCUGCUCCAGUUAUGAAGAAUUCCUGGCAGGAAAGUGCAUCAGCUGUGAUGGUCCCUUCAAUGGCACAUGCCCACAAAUAGGCUUAUUAAAGAACAGUGGGAUAACAGCGUCUCCCCUACCCAAUCAAGAGAAGGUGUAUCUUCUGACCUCUGCUACCGCUCCAUAUUGUGCACAUCACAUCCUUGUGGAUUUGAAGGUUUCUCCUUUAGAUAAGACUGCUGAAGUUAAGCUCACCCUGGUCUCCACAGGACUCCCUGAGACAGAGAUCAAACUCAAACUAAAUACAGAUGAAACACAAUUUAAAAAGGUUACUGCACACCCACAGCGAUUGUGCAAAAUUGACUCAGUGCAGCUAAAAAACAUCGGAGGACGAUUCUACAGACAAGGCGAAAUUCACUUUGAAUAUAUAUGCAUCUCUGAAAUUCCUCAAACCAGAGGCAUAGAGCCAUUGUGUGUGAAAAACAUUAACAUCAGAAGAGGAGUUUUGUGGGCACAUGAUUUUGUUCAAGUUUGUUAAAUGAAAUACCUGUUUAGGAGACCUGAUGCAGUAACCAGCUUCUAAAAAUUUGUGAGACUGAACCACAUUCACUAAAAACCAACACACUAAAACCUAGAGAAACUCAUUGACACGAAAAGAUUCAAGAGAACUAAGGUAGUUACACUCUGUUGAAGAUGUAUUUAUUGUUAUUUUCAUGAAGUCGCACAGUUUAGCAUUUACAGUAUGUAAAAUACAAUUUCAUUUGCUUCUGUUGUUCACAGUUCCAGUAAGAGUAGAAUUUCAGCAGAGAGAAAUUAAUGCAUAUUUUUACAUUGAGUACUUUUAGAUUCGAAUGACCAAAAAAGGGUUCUUCAUGACAGCUGGUGGAAAAUAAUAUCUUCUCUAAUAUACUGUAUGUUUCAUUCUCAUAAUUAAAGGUUUUCGAGUAACAUUACUGCA